AUAAAGCAUUCUAGAGUGUGGAAAAUGGACACCCAAUCCCGGUCCUGGCUUAUAAAUAUAGGCAUAUACCAUCUUCUCCUUCAAGCCCAUCAUUCUUCUUCUUCUCCUUGUUUGUAUUCUGAUAUCAAUCUUUAGUAACAGUAAUGGCGAUCAAAGUCCAUGGAAGUGUAAUCUCAACUGCUGCAACGCGAGUUUUUGCUUGCCUCAACGAGAAAGGGCUUGAGUAUGAGUUUGUACCGGUCAACAUGGCCGCCGGCGAGCACAAAAAGGAGCCUUUCAUUUCCCUCAAUCCAUUUGGUCAAGUACCAGCCUUAGAAGACGGAGAUCUGAAGCUUUUUGAAUCAAGGGCAAUUACCCAAUAUAUUGCACACACAUACGCGGACAAGGGGAACCAGCUUGUAAUUUAUGACACAAAGAAGAUGGCAAUCGUAUCUGUCUGGAUGGAAGUGGAGGCACACCAAUUCGACCCGGCAGCUUCAAAGCUGACCUGGGAGCUUUGUCUAAAGCCAAUGUUUGGCAUGGUUACCGAUGAAGCAGUGGUGGAGGAGUAUGAAGGUAAGAUGUCAAAGGUUCUUGACGUGUAUGAGGCUCGAUUGGCUCAGUCCAAGUACUUGGGUGGAGACUGCUUCACCUUGGCUGAUCUGCACCACCUUCCUAACAUGAAGUACUUGAUGGCUACAAAAGCCAAAGCACUGUUUGAUUGUCGCCCCCAUGUGAGCGCAUGGUGUGCUGAUAUCAUGACAAGGCCAGCUUGGUUAAAGGUUUUGGAGAUGAAGUAGAACUAAUAAGCUUUUAGAGUUGAUCAGCCUUGGAGCGGCAUGUUAUUUUCUGUGUUUGUUGUGUCUUCAAUCUUCCUAUCAUCCUACCGUUGAUGGGAAGAGUGUGUGAUUUUCUCUUUUCAAUCUUCCUGUCUUCAAAUCUUUGAUGAGAAGACACGAAAAUAAUGUAUCAUCCAUAAUGCAAUGUGAAGAGGCCAAUGAUCUUUGUUGGUCAUCACCAAAUAAAAUUCAUUCCCUCCUUGGCAAAUUGAUGUGGCAUGAUCUAGAGUCGUAAAUUGUCAUUCCCAUUUGCAACAUGAAGUGGUUAAAGCCCAAAAUUUCCCAAUUGGGUAGUGAUAAAUCAGUGUUUAUGACAAACCACUCAUUCUGCGAUUCCUUGUUCACAAGGACUUCUCUUUUAUCUGCAAUUCCUUUGUGCCCAUAUAUACACGCG